AUGUCGGACCAUGGCGAGAAGCCAAAGAUAUGGACGUCCUUCCGACAAAGGUUGUCGGCAAGGAGAGCUUCUGCAAAGAUGCUCGCAAACUCAGAGGAGCGCCGAGGAAGUCGAACAAAAACUGACUCAACCGGGGCAGGAUCGACGAAGCGGUUCUCUCGCAUGAAGGACGAAUAUAAAUCAACAUCAUGUCUACCAGUGUCCCAUCGACAAGUGGUGGCAGCGUCCUUGUUGUGUUCCGCAAAGCAACAAUUCAAGCUUCUGGAUGACGACACCUUCAGCACGAAGCCCCUAAUUGGCUUUGCAUCUCGGUACAGCAAUCGCCACUACAGCGAAGUGUGGCUCGCGGAUUACGUCAACGCGACAAAACACUCGGCAAGAACUCCUCCCAGAACCUCAUCAAGAAAGAAGACACAGUGGAAAACAACAAAGGUCACCAUCGUUGAUCCAGACGAAUCGAGCGACCCAGCAUUGGAGAUGAUGAGCCCCGUAAGAAUUCCCGCAACAAACAAAGUCGGAAGCCCACAGGGAAGCAGACACGGUAUCGGAAGAGAGAUUGAUCGCCUUUCAAGAACUUUGGGCAUGGCUCCCGUUGACAAUGGCUUGAAUGAAGCUGGCCGGACUCGUCAUGUGAAUGAGUUUGACGUUGCCUCUGCCACUUCGCACACUUCAAGCUUGGAUACCGCCGAGUUUUCGUUCCAGGCUGACUUCUCACAACUGCAAUCACCAGAUAGAAACGACAAGUCGAGCGCGUCAAUGUCAUCUGGUAUUUCCACUACCUCGACAUGGGACGAAAUCAAACGCAGAAAGUCAGAACUGUUUCAGCCAAUUCUUAACGAAAGUUAUGACAAUGGGGACAUCAUCCUUGCUGCACGACCAACCCCGGUGUACCGAGAUGUACACGAGGUACAUGAGCUGAAUCAUUCUGUCUACUCUACUGACAACAACAUGGGCUCCCCUAGUAGGGGUCCUGAAGCCCUCGAAGACGAUCUCAUCGACAUGAACUUGGAUAUCUUAGCUAGGCAUAUGGACGAAGAAGCGAUGAUGUACCAGCAGCAACAACCAUUCUAUGAGAUCCAGUGCAAAUCAGAUGAAUCCCAUAAUUUAUCAGAUAUUAGCGAUUCUGCGGUGGGACUGCCAAUUGCGGGGCAAUCAGAUGACCAGUCUCUCAACCAAGGCGAGAUGAUGGAACGCUAUCUUAGCCAGGGAGAAACUGAGAGUGGUCCUUAUCAUAGGACUGAGCACGAUCGUCACCCGGUCAAUGCGGAAGAGCAUGUUGAUCGACCAUCGACCCAACAAGAAGAGAACGUGAAUCGACCACGUAGCAAGCCAACAGAGCACGAGGAUGGGCUACUUGUCCAGGAAGAGAUGGUUGGUCAGUUUCUCAGCACGGAAGAGAAGGCAGAACGACCAGUUGAUCAAACUGAGAUCCCGAAAGGAGCAUCGCCCAUGCCAAUGGUGUCUGUGCAUCGUUCUGGGGACGUGGCUAGGAAGGCGAGAUGUGUUGUGGUGUACGACAAAGAGCUAACUGAUUCAGAACGAAUGAUGACAUUCGAUGACAUUCCGGCAAAUGUGAAACAGAUUGUUGAUCGACUAGAAGUUUUCAGGCAGAGAGAGGCAACGCGAGCGGAACAGUUUGGAUUCAAGAACUUCAUCCCAAUCCACGAAGAUCAAAAAGUCACGGAUCAAGUUGCAGGAGGCAGUCAGUUCUUUCGCACGGUGUCUUACUCCUUUGAAAGUGAAGGGUCGAUGAUAUCCGUUUCGCCAUUGCAAGUGGGAAACAGCCAACUCGGUUCAUUCUAA